AUGGCGAGUCUUCGUCUAGAGAAGGAAGGAAGACAAAGAUCAUUAAAAGAGCAACAAAGAAAACCUGAUGAUGAUGACUCAGAAGAUAAUCAAUCACAAAUCUCAGACAGCCCUCACCCUGGAUUAGAUCCAGGAGGAGGAAGAUUAAUUAUAGAUGGGUAUAAAAAAAGAGCAAAAAAACUUUCUUGGUCUCUUCUUCUUGCUUAUGCUGCUCCUAUGAUAGGAGCAGGAGGUAUGAACUUUACUCUUACUACUUUUGCUGCUUAUUUCUAUACAGAUACUAUGGGUUUACCACCAGGUAUACAUUAA